CAGCAACCGUGAUGUCCUGUUGCGUCGGCCACUCAGACUGGCGAAUGGCGUCAGCGGAGCAGGCAAGCAGGACCCUGAAGCCCGCUCCUUCCAAGCUACGUCGUUGGCCUACGCACCCGUGACGUCCCCUCGCCCGCCUAUUUAAGAUGCGGAGCACCACCGCUGCCGUCGCUUCUUCCCCAGUCCAACUCCUGCUUCUACUUCACUCUCCAUCCAAACAACUCCCCCAUCCCACACCAUCCACAAUGUCUUUCCACCUUUCCGGCGAGGAUAUCCGCAUCGAGGACAACCACAUCCUCCGUGCCCGUCUCCGCAACGUCAACGGCGACCUCGUCGACGCCGAGAUUGACCUCGACCACUGCCUUGGCAACGCCGACGGCAUGAUCCAGUGGGACAACCGCGACUUCUCCCAGUCCUGCCAGAACGUCCACUACGCCAUCGAGGGUGGCGGAGCUGUCCCCGUCCUCCGCUGCGAGCUCCGCACCGAGGAGGGCAACUGGGAGGCCCGCGACGUCAACCUUGCCGAGCGCAUUGAGAACCAGGACGGCCGCUUCGUCUUCACCUAAACGAUGUCACGAACAUGACGCCCCGGCGUCGCCGAAGCCCCUGACCCACCGGACGGAUACCUGAGAAUGGAUGCUGGAUGGACAUGUGGACAGGAUGGCAUGGCAUCGGAGCCAAGAUGCUGUCAGUAUAUUAGCGACUUGAUGGCUAGCUCUUGAAUUCAAUCGAUUGAAAGC